AUGGGGAAAGGUUGUAAAAAGUCAUCCGUCAAGACGGCGAUGAAAUGUUUCGUCGGAGCAUGGGGAUUCAUCAACUCGACGUUGGUCAACACCACUUCCGGCGACAUCAUCACUCAGGACUGGGCCUACCCCGUCCCCUCUGGCAUGUCUCUGUUCACCCCCAACGGAUACACCGCGUUACUAGUUACCGCCAACGACACAACUCGUCCCGACCUUCGGCCCCAGGGGCUGGACCAGAGCAACCCAAGCUCCUCUCCUGACUCGGAGUGGGCCAAGAUUGGCAAGUACAGCGUCGCCGGUGCUGGACCGUUCCGUUUAUCCAAUGUGACGGAUGAAAAGGGCCCAGAGGGUCCCGAGGGCGUGCAAACUGGAACGUUCCUGACGUCUACGAUCCCGGCUCGCCUUGGUCCUUAUGAGUUUACCUUCAAGUUUUACAACGACUGCUCGGCUUGGAACCUCCAUCAAGAUGUUGGGGCUGGGCUCCAGAGGGUUGCGUGGUACUACAGACUGCCUGAUCAGGAUGAGGAGUAA